AUGCAGAAGUCCAUUGUCUCCAUUUUUUGGCCCACAGAUUUGCUGAAUCCUGUGUCUGACCACAAUUUGGUUGUAGUUGGAUACAAGCUCAACAGCCAAAUUGUGGUGAUUGACUACAUUCGGUAUUCAAACUUCAAAAAGCUCAACUUAAAAAUAGAGAAGAAUAACCUUUGUCUAGAGAUUAUAGGCACAGUCAACUUCCAUCAUUUGAACUAUAGAAACUUCAGGUUUGAUGAUCGCACAAAUAUCCCUGUCAUGGAAGCACACGAGAACCUCAUUCUGUUCAAGCCUCCCCUAUCCAAGAAACUGGAAUAUUACUCCAUUAAACCGAUUUCCGUGGAUAUUUUCUGGACUGUGACUCCGCAGGAUGUGUUACCUUGCUCUCAAUCACCACCUAACAAAUUGGAUUUGCAUUUCGGUAGGCCUUCGAGAGCCAGAGAUCUCGAAAAUGUCAUGAAAUUCAUUAAUCUCACAGAGUAUACAAGAUACAAACUUCUAAACUCCCACAAAAAAAAAAGCUCCUUCUACGCGGAUACCAUCGGCCGUUUUAUCAACUGGUUUGGCUCUGUUGUACUUGCUUUGUAUUGUGCAACCUUUCAGCCAAUUUGCAAAAAAUUAAUCAGCAUUUUGAGCUAUCCACUGUGGUUCGGUCCAGAAACCAAGACAUACGUCACCUUGUCGACUUGCAGCUUUGUACUUCACCAGCUGAACUUCAGAGCCAAGCAGUUUCACCACCUUCCUAAGCAAUUUCAACGACUGCGAAACUCCAAUUAUGAAACCGAGAAACUGUUGAUAAAAGGGACUAGAUUUUCUCCCAGUGAAUAUAUCAAAUUCUAUAAUUCACUUUGGCUAAUACUUAAUGACUUACUUAUGGGUAUUGUGAUGUCAAACAUGUUGUCUAAAUAUCACAGCGUUCUGGUUCAGGGAAUGAAUACACUGAUCUUGAAAUUCGAAGACUCGUUACUAUAUUUAAUCAAGUGGCUCAUGAAUUUUCCCGGUGGUUUCAAACUUAACAAUGAACUUGCUGAAUUCUUCGGAGAGCUCUUCAUGUGGGUGCUGGACUUCUGGAGUGAAUAUGUACUCCGAACAAUGAUGAACAACUCCUCCAUUAUCAUCAGAGCUAUUACACUGCUAGUCAAACUUGGCGGACUAAAUAUGCUCAUUGCUUCCAUUAUGGACAUUCUGGAUAUAACAAGUUUGCACUUGCGGUGUUUCUACUUCGCAUCGACUCGUGUAUUCAAUUGGCAAUGGCAUAUCAUACAGUCUUUGUUCAGACUAUUCUACGGCAAGAAGUACAAUAUUUUGAGGAACAGAAUUGACUCUCAUAACUAUGAGUUUGACCAGUUGCUUUUCGGUAUCAUCAUAUUCACACUUUUGGUUUACCUAUUGCCUACGGUGAUUGCAUUUUAUUUGUGCUUUGCGGUUGGUCGGCUUCUCACUCUCGUCCUUCAUACGGCUCUUGAAUCUGCUCUGAUCACGCUUAACCAUCUGCCAAUAGUGGUUCUUCUUCUCAAAGCAAAACAUAAAGAGAGAUUGCCUGGCGGUGUUAUUUUCGAGUGCAGAACUGCAGUCAACGACACUCCCUAUUUCCAGCUAAUGGCAAGACCACUGAGUUUGAAGGAGAUUAUCAACAGCCACAUUAAGUCGAUGACGAUCUUCAAUCUCAACAAUCUCCGAGAAUUCCAGCUCGAAGGCUCCGAAGCCAACAUCAAAACUGUCAUUAAUCAAUGGAACCGCGUAUCGCUGGUCCGAGUACUUAAAAACAUUGCAUUUGGGAACUUCAUAGACAGCUUCGACUAUAAGAGACUGUUCUAA